AUGAUGGGAUAUGGAGGUCAUCCAUUCGCCCAGCAGCGACAGUCCCAGCAGGCGUCUCAUCCGCAGCAUCAACAACACCACCUGCAAUCGCCGUCGAUGGCCGCGGCCAACCCCCACCAUGGCAGCGGCAUCAACAACAGCUCUCUCCUUCGCGGUCAAUCGCAAACCACUGACCUGACGGCCGCGAAUUCUCCUGACCUUCGCAAGAUGACUCCCUCGUCGGGUCCGCUGGUCGGUCUGCCGCCCGGUGGCAAUUUCAGUCCCUUCCCGAGCCAUUAUCAGCCGCAGGGCUCGGCGGAUCUGCUGCAGCGCAACACCGACACAGUCGGCCAGUUGAAGGAUCCCUAUCUAUCGCUACAGAGCCUGCAAAGGAAUAUGAAUCCCAUGGCCAAUUUUCGCGCCCACCCCGCUGCCAUGAACGCGCAGGGCUUGUCGCCCCAUGCCCACGCCAUGACCAUCUCGUCGCCGCAGCAAUCGCUCGAGCGCAUGCAACACCAGCACAUGCAGCAUCGCCAAUCGACUCAUUCGCAUCCGUCUGCCUCCACCCCGACCGCCGCCUCGCCCAUGAUGGCGGCUAGUCAGCCUCAGCAGCAACAAUCGCAGCAAACGUCGCAGCAGCAGCAGUAUCAUCAACAGCAAGCGCAAUACCAGCAGGCCCAGCCCCAUCAUCAGUACCAACAGGCCCAGUAUCAGCAGGCGCAGCAAUCUCCCUAUCAACAAGCACAGGCCCACGCGUCUCCGUAUCAGCAAACGCAGCAGUCCCCGUAUCAGCAAGUGCAACAGACCUAUCAGCAGCAGCAGCAAGCCCAGCAGCAAGCCCAGCAACAAGCUCAGCAGCAAGCCCAGCAACAGCAACAGCAACAGGCGCAGCAGCAGCAGCAGGCUCAGACACAGGCCCAGAAACAGCAACAGGCUCAGACACAGGCUCAGCAACAGCAACAGCAAGCUCAACAGCAGCAGGCUCAGCAAGCUCAGCAAGCUCAACAAUCCCAGGCCCAGCAUCCUUCGUUCCAGCAACAGUCGCAUGCGCGCUAUCAGCAACAGCAAGCGCAGCGGUCUCCUUACCAAUCGCAGCCUCAGCAGGCCCAACAGCAGUCGCAUCAGCAGCAUCAACAACAUCAAUUCCAGCAGCAUACGUUUCAAGCUCGGCAAUAUCAGCAACCACAGCAGGCGCAGUUCCACGCGCAGUCCCAUCAACAACCACAUACAUUAUUGCAACAGUCGUCUCAGCAACACCAACAUCAACCCCACCGACCGCAGUCGUCCACGCCAUCGACAGUGGGUGGAACCAUCGACCUUGUAUCGGUUGAGAAUAACGAGACUCCUGCUGGCACCUCGAACCCCAAUGCCGCUGCCGCUGCCGCUGCCGCCCCGGCAGCUCCUCAGGCCAAGAAGCGGAAACAGCCUGCCAAACCCACUGCGUCGCCCGCCGCAAACCCUCUCCAAAUCAAUGGUCAAAUCCAGCCGCACCCUCAGUCGCACCCGCACCCCCAGCAGCACCCCCAGCAGCAGCAGGGACAGCAGGGACAGCAACAUCAACCUAUCUACAUAUCCGAAGGCCAACCCGGCGAACAGCCUGUUGUACCACCCGGUGAAAAUGCUCCUUCCGCCUCCGGGACACCUAACAAGAAGCGUGGGCGACCACGCAAGUCUGGGGUUCCUGGCGAAGAAGGUUCCAAGCCGGCCAAACCCCGGAAGCCAAAGCAACCCGCCGCGAAUGCCAACAACAACGCUGUGCCAGGCCUGCCCGGGUCCGCUGUUCCCGGCGUGCCGGGGGCCGUUCCCCCUGGAGUCUCUGGAGUCCCUGGGGCCCCUGAUGCCUCUGGUGCACUCCCUGGUGGUCCUCAGCCACCGACUGCUACCGCUCCCCCUAAGCCCAAGACCAAGAACCCGCCGCCCAUGAUCACCCUACCCGACGGCACCGUGGUCCCGAUGAAACGAGGUCGCGGACGACCUCGCAAAUCCGAGACGGAUCCCAACGCGCCUCCCAAGCCCAAGGCUCCGCGGAAGCCGGCAUCUUCCAAGCCGUCCGGCACGGGACGACCGCGUGGUCGUCCUCGCAAGGCGGAUAUUGCUGCCCGCGCCGCUCAUGCUGAGGCCGAGGCACAGGCCAAAGCUCAGGGCCUGCCGCCUCCACCACCGCUGCAGCUGCCUGAAAGGACGCCCAAGAAGCCCAAGCAGCAGCAACCGCAGCAGCAGGCGCAGCCGCAGCAGUUGACGCCCCAGACCCAGCCUCAGGCACUCACUCCGGUACAGCAGCCUCAGGCUCAACCACAGGCGUCACAGCAGCCUCAGGCACACACGCCCACUGUCUCUCAUGGCCAAGUGCACCACCAAAACCAGGUAACUCACGCGCACAACCAACUGCCGCCGAGUCAACUCCAGGCCCACCUCCAGCAUCAGAUGCCUCAGGCUCAGAUGCAAGCCGCCGCUCGGGUUCCCCCUCAAGCGCAACCCCAUAUGCACAUGCAGCACGCCCACGCCGCUCACGCCCACGCCCAUCUCCAACAACCGCAACCGCAUCAAAUGCCCAUGCCGCCGCAACCCCAGCCGCAGAUGCAGGUCCAUCCUCAGCCACCUCGUCACGUUCAACAACCACACCACCAUCCUCAGGCGCAUGCGCUGCCCCAUCCGCACGCGACGGAUCCGUUGGGGUUGAACCCGGGGCAGAAACGGGGUCCGUCUACGGUUGAUGAUGAUCCGAGGAAACGGGCGUAUAUCAUGCCUCAGCAUAUGUAG